AUGUUUGUCUUCUAUAGGAAUAUGAAGGAAGAAGAUUUAAACCCAGGAAGAGUAUGUGACAGUGGCCCAGAUCAUCACAAGGCUGCAGCUCACCUGACACGUGUACAUUCCGUGUUGAACAACUCUCAGAAUCAUAGUAGCAGUUUACAAAAAGAAUUAUUUUAUUUUAACAUCAGGAAUUGUUCUCUCUUUAUUAAUAUACCUCCGCCUUAUGUUGGCAAAGAAAUGCCUCUGAGUUUGAGUGAAUCAGCAGGGAGAAACUCAAGUCCAGCAGUUCCUUGGAAAGAUUCAUUUUGUCUGUGUUUUUCUUCUGGGGAAGCCAGGCUUGAUGGGAUUUCUCACUGCGUUAAUAUUUCAGUAAUGGGUUGGCUGGAGAAAGCUCGUAGUUUUGCUGCAGACUUUAUCUUAAGCUGCCCAGGAGAUAACUUUGUAUGUUUUGCACAUGCAUGGCUGGGAAAGGUGCAGUGUAAUCAAGAACUGCAGUUUCUGGAAUUAGAAGUGAGAAGCAGCACAGAGAAUGAAUUGCAGCUUGCACUUCUUGAAGAGCCGGCGUUUGGUGGGCUUACUGAUCUCUAUUCUGUUCCAGUUGCCUCACUGAAUGAUUAUGCUAUGGGACUCUUAAACAACCAGAAAUCGUGUAUUUUUCUUUGUUACUUAAGCCCUGUUACUUCAGAGCAACCACUUGGAUAUAAGACAAUGCUUUCAAGUGUACGAUAUGUGACUACCAGUUUUCACGUCAUACAGCUAGUAAUAUCUGUCCUAGCUUUUGCACUAGCAGGUCUCUGGUAUGCAGUAGUGAAGGUUUGGUAUCCUCCAUACAUGCUGAGCUCUGGAAAAGCCUUGCAGAUGGGAAUAGAGACAGGAAGACCAGAAUUCUGACCUUGCCAGGCCAGAGGAAGAAAAUGUCCUUGCGGAAGAGAGCUCAUUUAUUCUAAGCUGAUACAAUACCUGAACUAAAUACCCAAGAUUCUCAUGUUUUUGUAGUGUUCUCUGCAGGUUUCAAAAACUUUUACAUGACAAGUCUUUCUGGUAUAAGUGUCCUCUUAUUUCCUAAAGCUCUGGAUCUUUUCCCAGAAACAAAUAAGGAAAUGGAAAAGAUAUUCUGCAUGAAAAAAUAUUCUUUAUCCAGUUUGAAAAUGUUUAGCAGUACAUGUUUACCUGAGUACUUUGUGGAUUAAAACUGUAGAUAUUUUAAAAUGUGAAUAAUCUUUCUAUAAAACAUGCUUCAAUAGUUCUGGCUAACAAAAAUUUACUUUCAAAAUGCAUCUUCAUCAUCUUUUUUUAAUUUGGAUAUUUGGAAAUUUUCAAUAUCCUGCUGAAUGGUACACCUGAUGCAGAUAUCCUAAGAGGAGAGCUAGCAUCUGUACAACUGAGAUUUCCAGGAUUAGAAAAUAUAAUUAAGCUUUUAAAGAUACACAUAAAAAAAAAAGAAAACUUCAAAAAAUGUUUUAUUGAAUUUCUUGGUCGGACAUUAGUUUUGCAAAUGCAUCUACUGUAUUUUGUACUGUCAAGCAUUUUUUUUACAUUACAUAGCUUAUUGUAUCUAAAGUGUGGCAAUUUGCCAACCCUAGCUUUUAGUGAUAAAUUCUGCUAUACAAAGCAAGUUUUUAUAUCUGAGGCCCCUUCCUCCUACUAUUUUAUCAUCUUCCUGGUUUUGUCUGUUUUCAAUAAAUGCCUUUGUAUUUUCA